AUGAAGAAGCUGCAGAUCGGCGUGGUGGCUACGGAGCGGUACUUCUCCACGGACGUGCUGGUGGGCAUCCUGCAGCGGCUGCCGCCGAGCAGCCGGCGCCGGGCACGCCUCGUCUGCCGGCACUGGCGCGAGCUCGUGGACGGUCGCACCACGGAGAUGCGGAGCCGCGCCAAGCUCCUCAUAUGGGACACGCUCACAACCACCGCCUACGUCGUCGACGACAUGUCGGCGAGCCCGAGGAGGAGGCCUCGCCGUCUCUACCGCUGCCAUAAGAGCCUGGUCGGCACGUGCAACGGCCUCCUCUGCCUGUGCGGCGACGAGCGGGCGCCUGGCGGCGGCGCCGUCGUCACGGUCGUCAACCCGUCCACCUGCGAGACGCUAGCCGUACCUCCGCCGCCGCGCCGGUGCCAUGACCGGAACCGGAAGAGAUGGCACGAGCAAUACAGCUUCGCCUACCACCCGAUCACGGGACGGUACAAGGUGGUGCACCUGCCGUGCAGCCUGGACUCCGUAUGCAGCUUCAACGCCGUUCACGUGUUCACGCUGGGGGAGACGGCGUGGCGGGAGGCGCCGGUCGGCCCGGGCGGUGCCAGGUGCAACCUAGCCGCCGGCGUCGUUAGCAUCGACGGCACGACGCAUUGGGUGAGGAUCAUGCCGAGCGGCCUCGCCGUGGAGGUCGUGUCUUUCGACCUCGGCGACGAGCGAGUUUCCGCCGCCGCCGCGCCGCUACCCACGCCGCUGGCUAGGGAUGCGAGCUACCACCUGACGGAGGUGCACGGGAGGCUGGGGUUCGUGCAAGGCGGCCACCGGGCCGACGUGUGGGUUCUGGAGGAGGGGCGGCGGUGGAGCCUCCGGUACAUUCUUGGGCAGCCUGUUCCGCGGCCCCAGUUCACAUACCCUGGCCAGUGCGUCCUGACGGUGCGCGACGAGUCGGCGUUCUCCGCGCACUGGUGGAAAGGCUCACCCAUGUCAUCCGGCCGGAGGCUGCGGCACGACGACGUGAUGCGGGUCGGCUAUCGCGACGAGGGGACGCUGGUCGCCAACAUGAUGGCUCCUCACUGCUCCGAUGAAGGUUACCAGACGUUCGCCUACGUUGAGACCAAAGAGCCGCUCCAUUACUAUGGUUCAAGUUAA